AUGUCAGAUCUUUUCGGUCUUGAUAUUGAAGAAUUAACGUCUGUUUUCGAUGAUGGCGACUCGAAGGAAAUCAAAAUUGAGCCGUCGAAACCAAAGGAAUCCAUUGAAGUCAGUCAUGAUUUCGAAGAAAAGAAGAGAAAAGCUGAACAAAGUUUGAGGGACCACAUUAAAGUUAAUGAAGAUAGUGAACUUGGUUCUUCAUCGAAAAGGGCCAAAAUUUCUUCGAUGAUGGAGUCUAUUCUGACCAAGUCCCCACGUAUCAAGGUCGCCUAUCCACCAGAUGCCACAUUCAAAAAACUAGAAGAAUCUCCCGGUCCAAAAGCGCGGACGUACCCUUUCACAUUGGAUCCUUUCCAGCAGCAGGCAAUUCUAUGCAUAGACAAUAAUCAAUCAGUAAUGGUGUCGGCUCAUACAUCUGCUGGCAAGACCGUAGUUGCCGAGUACGCCAUUGCCAAAGCUCUUCAGGAAAAGCAGCGCGUUGUUUACACAACUCCUAUAAAGGCACUUAGCAACCAGAAGUAUCGCGAGUUUUCAGAGGAGUUCCCAGAGGUUGGCCUUCUCACAGGUGAUGCCACAAUUAACAUGAACGCUAGCGUCCUUAUCAUGACCACGGAAAUCUUGCAGUCAAUGCUUUAUCGUGGCUCAUCCAUAAUGCGUGAGGUCGGCUGGGUGGUGUUUGAUGAGAUUCACUACAUGCGUGACCCAGAACGCGGCGUGGUUUGGGAGGAGACCCUAGUCCUUCUGCCCGACUCGGUGCGCUACGUCUUCCUCUCCGCCACCACCCCUAAUGCUCGCCAGUUUGCCGAGUGGAUCGCCUUUCUGCACGACCAACCGUGUCACGUCGUCAGCUCUGAAGCUCGUCCCGUGCCGCUGCGCCACUACCUCUACCCCCUUGGCAGCGACGGUCUCUACUUGGUACUUGACGAAGGCAAAUAUUUGGAGGAAAAUUUUCGCAAGGCCAUGAGAACCCUCUCUAAACCAGGCGAAAUUGGAACUGCAAGCACCAGUCGUGGUCGACCUGGGCCCGUGAGCAGAAAAACGGAGAAUAACGUGGUGAAGAUGGUACGCUUGGUGAAACAGCGCAACCUCGAGCCAAUCAUCGUGUUUAGCUUCAGUAAAAAGGAAUGCGAGAUCUACGCCCUGCAAUUGGCUGGCUGCGAUUUCAACACGGGUUAG